GCGCGCGGGGUGUUUUCCCCCCUUUUAUGUGAGGGAGGCUGUUAACUUCGCAAGCUCCGUGUAGUGGUGACGUGACAUUCUUCCCGGUUAUGCUGGGGGAGACUGGAGGGGACGGUGUUCGUUACCGGUGCUGGUCCUGAGUUAACGGCUUCGUGAGGGCUUCCUGUCGCGCGGCUCUCGUCGCCGGGCCGGGCCGGGCCAGGCCGCCGCUGCUUUAGAGGCAAAAGGAGGGGGAAAGCUGCUGUUCUGGAUCAUAUUUGAGUUGUCUUUGAAGUUGCCAAAAUGGUUUUAGCAGAUCUUGGGAGAAAAAUAACCUCAGCAUUGCGCUCUCUGAGCAAUGCUACAAUUAUCAAUGAAGAGGUUUUAAAUGCUAUGUUAAAAGAAGUAUGUACAGCAUUACUGGAAGCUGAUGUCAACAUUAAGUUAGUGAAACAACUGAGAGAAAAUGUCAAAUCUGCUAUUGAUCUUGAAGAAAUGGCUUCUGGCCUAAAUAAAAGGAAAAUGAUUCAACAUGCUGUCUUUAAAGAACUUGUUAAGCUCGUAGAUCCUGGAGUAAAAGCCUGGACACCAACAAAAGGAAAACAGAAUAUCAUAAUGUUUGUAGGGCUGCAAGGAAGUGGCAAAACAACAUCAUGUUCAAAGUUGGCAUACUACUACCAGAGGAAAGGCUGGAAGACAUGCUUGAUAUGUGCGGAUACUUACAGAGCAGGUGCUUUUGACCAGUUAAAACAGAACGCAACAAAAGCAAGAAUUCCAUUCUAUGGCAGUUACACAGAAAUGGAUCCUGUGAUCAUUGCAUCAGAAGGUGUUGAAAAAUUUAAGAACGAAAACUUUGAAAUAAUAAUUGUCGAUACAAGCGGUCGUCAUAAGCAGGAAGACUCACUCUUUGAAGAAAUGUUACAAGUUGCCAAUGCAAUACAACCAGACAAUAUUGUUUAUGUGAUGGAUGCGUCUAUUGGUCAAGCCUGUGAAGCUCAAGCAAAGGCUUUCAAAGAUAAAGUUGAUGUUGCUUCUGUAAUUGUAACAAAACUGGAUGGCCAUGCAAAGGGAGGUGGGGCACUCAGUGCAGUGGCUGCCACUAAAAGUCCAAUCAUUUUUAUUGGUACUGGAGAACAUAUAGAUGACUUUGAACCUUUUAAAACACAACCCUUCAUCAGCAAGCUUCUUGGUAUGGGAGAUAUUGAAGGACUGAUAGAUAAAGUAAAUGAAUUGAAAUUGGAUGACAAUGAGGCACUCAUAGAGAAAUUAAAACAUGGUCAAUUUACUUUAAGAGAUAUGUAUGAACAGUUCCAAAACAUCAUGAAAAUGGGACCCUUCAGUCAAAUCUUGGGUAUGAUCCCAGGUUUCGGAACAGAUUUUAUGAGUAAAGGCAAUGAACAGGAAUCGAUGGCAAGGCUAAAGAAACUGAUGACAAUAAUGGACAGUAUGAAUGAUCAAGAACUUGAUAGUACAGACGGGGCCAAAGUUUUCAGUAAACAACCAGGAAGAAUCCAAAGAGUAGCAAGAGGUUCUGGUGUUUCAACUAGAGAUGUUCAAGAACUCCUGACACAGUACACAAAAUUUGCACAAAUGGUGAAAAAGAUGGGAGGCAUAAAAGGACUUUUCAAAGGAGGUGAUAUGUCGAAGAACGUAAAUCCAUCCCAGAUGGCAAAAUUGAACCAACAGAUGGCAAAGAUGAUGGAUCCCAGAGUUCUUCAUCAUAUGGUGUGUGACUUCCUUGGUGAAAAGAUUGCCUCUGUUUUGGGAAUCAGUACGCCAAAAUACCAGUAUGCCAUAGAUGAAUACUACAGAAUGAAGAAAGAGGAAGAGGAAGAGGAGGAAGAGAAUAAGAUGUCAGAAGAAGCAGAAAGGAGGUUUCAAGAGCAGCAGAACCAGAGUCAAGAGGGGACUGCUGUCCAUACAGCUCAGCCAGAGGCUACAACCUGUAGUACAUUUGUAAAUCUCAACUUUGAAACAGAAGAUCAUUCGCUUGUUGUGGAAAGCAAACAAGAUAUUUCUCCAGUGUCUGCUUAGAACGAGAACGUUGCAUUAGAAUUCUUUGGGUGGCAUCUAACGGUGUCUGGUUGUCACUGGAAUGGACUUCUGGUCAUGCAGUAGGGUUUCUCCAGCCUCCCCUCCCCUCUGCGCUCCUGAAAUCUGCUUUGAAUGGCUGUAGUGGGGAAGAGAGGCAGGAGAAGCCCUGCUGCUUGAGCAGAAGUCGGCUUGUGUGACACUGGCUAUCACACCGUUUCUUAAUUGUCAAAUGUUUGUAGGCUCUGUUAUGCAUGUUCAGUGGAAUGUAACUUAUUUCAAAGUAUGGUCGGAGAUAUUAAUGUCUCUUCAGCCAACAUCUGUCUAAUAAAGGCUAAGACAUUUUGCUUAACCUAUUAGAUUAUGAAAUGCAAAUAACUGGUCCUGUGAUCUAUCUAUGCAGAACAAGUGAAAUGUCUUUCCUGAACAUCUGGUGCCUUGUUGACAGUUGUGGACUGAUCACUGUGCUUUUUUGGUUUUAAGGUCAUUUUGCAUUUAUAAUGUUACUUAUUGAAACCUAGGUGCAAGUUUAGACUAAUGGCAACUAAUUCACAAGGCAUCUUUGUGACUUAGUUUAAUUUAUUGUCACUAUUGUGUGUGUGUGUGUGUGUGUGUGUGUGUGUCCAGUCAUAUAGUUUAAAAUAAGGUGACUUUGUUUAAUGCCUGUUAAAAGAAACAACUGUAUAAAAGAACUUGUCUGAAAACUAUCUUAUAAAGGACUGUCCUGUUAAGGGGUCUCUAAAACAUGUUCUCAUUGCUUAGUUGGAAGAGCAAGAGUAAUAUACAGAGUAAGUUCACAUUGUAAUCUCUGACUUUAUUAUGUGUGUUGGGAAGGAAUUCUAUAUUAAGAUAGUCUGGAUAGGAGAUGGUGUGCUGAUAAAAUGAUGGCUCUAAAUAUUGGAUGUAGUAAAAAACAAAAGUAGUGAGGUAUGCUAAAUUAAUUAUUUUGCAUACCCUUGCAGUGUUUUUUCAUUCUGAGUUAAACAGACACUGUUGAGUGACAGAACUUGAUUUUUAUAUUUAAAAUAUUUGAAAAUAAGUUUGAGAAUUGCUACUGCAUGUCAACAGGGGUGGGUUUUCUAGCUAGAAAGGAUCUUGUCGGCACCCUGACUAAGGACUACUGACAAUUUAACUUGUAUAAUGAACCUUUUUGUGAGGACAAUCCACACUAAUUCUCACAAAAUUCUGCAGCACAAAACUUUGCAGAUAUAGGACAGGAUCCAGAUGUCUGUGGAUAUGUGGCACAGAGAGAUGCAUGCAGAAAGCAGUACACCAUGCAAAACAAACAAAACCUUUUUGGGCUGUUGUUACACAGCUUCUUCCACUGUCUUGAGUCACUUUCUUAAAAGCUUGCUGUGCACCUGUAUAAAAUAGCCAGGAGUCAGGAAGAAACUGGACUACAAAUCCAUGUAGUAUGGAAAUAGGAAAAGUGUCACAGAAAAACUGCAGAGAGAUAGAACCACCUCACGGAUCAUGCCCUUUCCUUCACUGUCGCUAUCAGGCAUGUGGGAAGGGUGUUUUAAGUCUUGUCUGCCACGCUAUUUUUAUUUUUUUUUACAGGAAGCUCUUCUUAACUUGAGAAUGUUAGAACAGCUUUAACUAAAUGGCACAUCACAACCUUCUUUUAAAAAAAAAUCUGAAAGGGAACAUUCUUUUUGAUUUAAGAAUCAUUCAGAUUCCAAAUGCCAGUUGUAAACUAUGUGAAGCCUAUAUUAAGUAUCUAUUCAGGGCAUCACAGUAAAUUAUUAAGCCUUUUGAGUGCCCAGCUGUAUAAUUACUUCUCACCAAAAAUGUUAUUGCUUUUUAUAAUAGGAAGGGCUUAUUGUCAUGAGGUUCUUCUAGUCAUUGUGCCUUACCUUUACUAUUUCUUUCAGUAUAUGCAAAUGGUAUGAAAGUGGGUACUUUUUCUUGUAAAUGCAUUAAAUUUUAUAUUUAAUAUAAUUUUAAAUCAGUUGGGUUCAGAGUUGUUAUUAUAGGACUAGCAAACCUUUUGUAUGAAUGCAGCAGGAACAGGUGCCAUUAAAAUACCCAGCAGUAGGUCCUGGGAUUCUAGUAAGCCUAUACAUUCACCCUACUAAGCCUGUAAUCCUGUGUCUACUUAGAAGUAAGUUCCAUUGAGUUCCACAGAAGUUACGCCUGGAUAAGGCCUUGGAGGGCUGCAUGCAAUUAAGAAAUCAGAGGUAUGUUUUGACAGGAUAGUCACAUGUUUUGAGACACACCCAUGACUUUUGAAACCCUGUAUUUGUGCACUUGCAACACUUAGAACAAUUAACACCAUCAUUGAGCAUUUACACUAACUGCUUGUUAUAACAGAUCAAGGUUUGUGAUGUUUUAGAGGGAGGUUUCACUAUUAUCCAUUUGACCAGGUAUUUACUUCCAUAGUAGUUUUUAAAGAAUUGAGCUGCACAUUUGUAACUACAGUUCUACAUAUCUGAUAUUUCAGAUAUAAAUGACCCAGAGAUUUGUUUCUUUCUUGCACAUGAUUUGUUUUUGCAAUGCCAAUGCACCCAGUACAAAACCAAAAAGAGCAUUCAAGACCAAAUUAUACCAACAGGUAUAAUUUGUCUAAACUGGAAGGUGGCUUGUAGGUUUAGGAAUAAUUUCAAUAAACUUAAUCUACCAGAAACGUCUGUAAACGUUUAAUUACAUUUUCAACAAACAGCAGUACUCUUUUCCUUUUUUGCUACAGAGAAGAUCCAUCUCACAAGCCUUAUACAAAACUUGCCCAUCUGGAGCUACAUGGAAGCUUCAUUUAUUUGGGUAAUGAAUACAUUAUUCAGCUUUAAAUGGUCACUGUAUCAGUUGGGCAGAUCUCCAUGGAUACAGACUAUUCCAGUUAAAUCAUGUAUCAUCAAGAUCUGUUGUGUUGUCAUUGUCAGUUGCUACAAGAACCUCUCUGUUCUCAUAGGUCCAGAAGCCAUUAAGAUCAAUUAAAAUGCUAGUGACAGUGUCGCCUUGACUACUGUUGAUUAAGUCCUGAAGAGAGAUUUUGUAAGGAUCCUUGGGCUUCACCAUGUCAAAUAUUUCAUCCUAGAAAAAGCAACCAAAAAUUAACAGUUUCUUUAAUGGAAGUCAAAUAGGAUAAAAAUGUUUGCGUACCAGUACCAGGACUUAUUUUUAUUUAUUAUUUUUAUUUCAAAAUAAUUAUGUAACUAUUUCACUUUCCCCUCGUGCUGGUUAAAGCACAUCCUGGCUGAAAAGGAAUGUAAACUGAACAAUAUACGAAGGAUGUGUUUAUACUUGCUUUCAAAAUACAGUCACAGUUAAUUCCUCUAGUAAAGUUUUUUAUUGCAGUGCUGCUCCCACAUUGUCUGAGUAAAUUACUGAGCGGAUGACACCUGUUUUGUCUUAGCAGCCAGCAUAAGGAGCAGUGGUCAUCAGCUCCUGUAAAUGCAUUUUGGAGGGGAUGGCAGUGACCUAGAUUAAAUUUAGAAUCUGUAUACACUAAACCAGGGGUCAGCAAACCUUUUCAGGAGGGGGCCGAUCCACUGUCCCUCAGACCUUGUGAGGGGCUGGACCCACCCUCUCCUGAAAGCACCCCCCUUCCAAAAGCACCCCCACCAUUCCUGAAAGGACCCCUCCCACUGCCUUGUCUUCAGCAGCGUCAUCGUCUGCCUCAGCCAGGGGUGCAGAGCCCAAGCCGCUGGCCUGGGCGGCGGAGGCAGCCUCUCCACCACCACCGCUUCCUCCCACUCGGCUCUUGACCAUACGCAGCCACCUAAGCGGGAAGUAAGGGGCGUUGCCCAGAGGUGUCCACAGCUUCGGAUUGGCUGCAGGAGCUUCCAUCGUUGGAUUGGCGUCCACGUCGUGGAAGUCAGUCCCCAUGCGGACUGUGCCGUGUUGGUUUAGCGCAGGGACUGACCGAGUGGGCAGCAGGGUCAACAAGGUUCGCAGGCCAGAUUAGCGAGCCUGGUGGGCUGCAUCCGGCCCACGGACCUUAGUUUGCCGACCCCUGCACUAACAUAAGGGCAGAUGUACAGCUACAUUUAAUUGCUCCAUGUGACAGCUGUCUCCCAAGUGUUGGAUCUUUUUCAACAGUGGGUCUCGCAUAGGACAGGUAAUUUUUGUUGACGCCAUGAUAAGACUUCCUUACCUACUUGCAGUAAAAAGCUUGCCUCAUAAAUCAAUUCAUGUUUUCCAACUGACACAAUGUAACACACACAACACAGCCACCAAGUGCAUGCUGCUUUAAACUGUCCAAGGUGGCAAGUCAUUUGCCUGCAAGUAGCAAAAGGGUCUAUGGUGGCAUGACCAAAGAGUUCUGGUUAAACAGCUACAUGCAGAGGUUUUACCCCUUAGUGACUGCUAUGAGUUUUGGGGGCACCAGCUAUCGCUUCCUCCACUUGUGCUGCUAUUUAUAGCCUUAUUCAUUAGGUGAUGAGAAUGAGGCAUGUGUCCAAGCAUCUAUCAGUUCUCCCAUUCAACUUUCAAGAUGGAUUCAGAAAUCAAAGUAGCAAAAUUAAAGUAUCCUUAAAAAAAAACCCAAUUAACAUUACAUGGAUAAUAUGUGAAAUAUUUGCCUGUUCACAUUUUUUUAGGCAAGAGGCCUUCUAGGCCUGUUACUUUAUACUGCAGAAUUAUCUCCCUGAAGGUUCUGUUUGCCUAUAGGCUAGAUAAAUAGAAUAUUACUGUUUUUUUCCAAAAAUGUUCAAAAAUAUAUUGUACCAUUCAAUACUAUUAAGACAUUAACUAUGAAAUCAACAUUCUACCACAAUACUGCCCCUAGUACAUAUAAACAUAUACUCUCUCUCAUUUCAGAAAGUCAGGUCUUUCUCAGACUACUGCAUACAAAUAAAUUUUGAUCAGAAAUCUAACCUUGACAUCUUGAAAAGAAACUGGUUCUUGCCCAUGAAUUUUCAUCUGUUCUUGAAUAGCCUAUGGCAACAGCACAAAGAGGUGUAACAUACGUUCAGAAAACAAGACAGCAUGUUUUCAAAUCCAAGAGAGUAAAUAAGCUAUGUUACAUAAAUAAGUAACAACUAUGUGUUAAUUCAUACAUAUAAUUUAGCCCUGUCUCCCCAGAAUGGUAGAAGUAUUCCAGAGUCUCAAGUAGAGGUCUUGUUCAGUUCCUGCUACCAAAUAUGCUUUGAUGGGAGAUGCUGGGAUUGAACCAGAGAUCUUAAACAUUCAAAGUGUAUGCUUCCACUGAGCUAAGAAUCUUGUCCUUUAUCAUCUGUUUGGAGAGGUAUCCUGCCUGUGUUCAUUCCCCUUGCCUGAAGUGUAGGCAGGGACUGAAAUCUGUCCUUUUCUCUGCAGAUCUAUCAAAGCAGAAAGCACUGACCAUCUGUUCAAUCUAUGUGCAACAAUUCCCAACUUCUAGCCCACUUUGAAGAAAAGUAUUAGAACUGAAGCAAGCAGCAGGCCUCAUUGUUAAAAUAGGCUUUUAGCCUCAAACUUUGAGACUAACUAUAAAGUGUAUACAGGAAGAAGAAAUAAUUGAAAGAUGAAGGGCCAAUUGAUGUUUGUUAUAGAAGAAUUAAUCUGUUUCAUGCUGCUAAAAGAACACAGCUCUGGAUGUAUUUUAAACCUGCAGAGCAUUUAUUGUAAAAGCUUUGAAAGUGUUCCAGAUUUUCUUUCUCUAAACCUUUAGUUGAAUUAUCCUACUCCUGAGUCAUUAGCAGCAAAAUACUUUGGUUGAGUAGGCACAGAAUUGAAGGUGAUCAAUAUUAAGGGGGUUAGCUUUUACAAACAAGACUGAAUUGCUCUCAUUGCUUUAAUCUGAAUGAAAUAUAUACUUCUGUGGGAUGACAGUGGAGUCGCUAUUUUAUCUUCAAAAUUCACAAAAGGACAUGCCCUAAAAAAAGGGAUUAAACCUGAAAGCCAUUUUAGCACCUGUAAAAAGGAGAAGGGGAUUUAAAUUUAACAAACAUUUCUACUAGAUCAUGUGGAAGCUAAAAUUGUAUCUCUUGUGGUGUAACAUCCUAAGACUUAAUAUUAGUAUCAGCACAUCUGUGAGACUGCUGAUUCAGUGAUCCUCUAAGUACUUAUUUGCUGGAAAUAGUAUACUGUAGUCACGGUUAGUUCAUAAAUGAGUUUUUUUUAUAACAGGAUCAUCUGAGUGAGUUCCAGUCAAUGAGAAAAUGUAAGUUUAGAAAGAGCCUGCUAAAACAUGCAGGCUAUUGUAUGAAAGCUGCCCUCUGAUUAUAUAGGAACCACAGCUUAUCCAUUAUUACUGGUAGACAGAAUAUAUUAACAUCCCAUAGAAGUUAGCCAUUAGAGGUCAUCAAAGACUAUUACCUUAAAAAUAAGAGUUGUACGGAAAAGGCAAAACCUGGUAUUUAAUUAAAAUCACAGUGGUGUAUUUUCUUUAUGUAAGAUGUGCUCUGAAAAGCCAUUCUGAAUUAUUUCCCUUUCUUAAUGUGAAGUUUUAAACAUUUAUAUAUUUCUUUAAAGUUGACAAAAACCUCACCUCAAACACUGGUAGUUUAAAGCAAUUGCCUGCUGAUCUCUAGGUAGAGGCACAAAGGCUGUAACAACACAUGUACAAAAAAAUGACCUACCUCUACAAAAAGGGACUUACCCUAAAGAAAUAAUUAAGGGAAAAGACAUUCAGGUAUCCUUUGUUCUCUAUAUCAAGCAGCUUGAAAAUAUACUGCAGAGCUGCAGGUUCCUUUCUGUUUUCUAAUGCAAGUACAAAGUCCAGGUACGUCUUAUAGUCCUAAAAGCAGAUGCAAUCAUGUUUAUUAUAGUCCACUUUCUAAAUUGAUUUUGCAAGCAGAACAUAAUUGGUGGCUAUUUCCUUGUAGGGGAGCAGUUAGUUUUCAUUGAAAGACAGCAUGACUCAGAAAA